AGGUUUUGUAAGUAUGUUCAAAACUUGUCUUUUGCUUGUUUUUCAAAAAUUAUUUAUUCGAUUAUAAACAGUAGGCUGAUGAAUUAGUAUUGUUCAAUUUGAAGCAAAUCAGAAACGUUAAUAUUAUUUUCAAUCUAAACAUGAUUUCUAUUUGAAAUAUUUGUUUGGUUGGCAAGCUUGGUAGCCAUCAUGGAUUUCAAGACGUAGAACGAAGAAAGAAGUUUCUGCUGUUGUGUUUUGUACGUCGUGUGAGUGUGCUCCAUGUCGAUUACAACGGCACUUGUUAUUAAAAAAAUUGCGUAGUUAUCUAUUUCCUAGUUUAAUUUUUGUGUCAAAUCAAUUUAUUAGACUUAUCAAGUGGUUUUUGCAUUAUUUUAACAAAUUUUUGUACUCUACUUUUUUAGAGUUUCGGUUGAUACCGGUACUACGCAGUAGCAUUUAUGUACAUUGUUGUAUUUUCUCUAUGAGAAAUUGUUAUUUUUCUAUUUAAAAUAGAACUUGUAUAGAAUUUUAUAAAAUAAUGUCUCUAUCUCCGGUGGCAAGACAAGCAACUCAAAGCCAGAGCAUUCCUUCAAGAAGGGUUUUGAUAAAUGACCCUUCUCAACUUCCAAUAGAUUAUUCCUCUACGCCUGGCGGUACCUUGUAUUCAACAACACCAGGAGGUACAAGGAUCGUGUAUGAACGAGCGACGUUGAUGCAUUUGAAAAACUCUCCUCUGGCUAGGACACCACCCAAGAACUUACCUAGUAUCCCCGACUUCUUGCUCAAGGGAGACAUCGCUCAUGAAGCCAAAGAAAACGCCAACAUUAUCUGUAGUCCAGUCAAGAAAGAUCCGGCGGUGAUUGAGGACGUCAACGAACAGUUCGAGAUGGACAUGUGAACCCUGCCGACUGACCUUCACUCAGAAUCACGUGCCAUACCGUAAGGCACCAAACUCUAGUUUUAUUUGUAGUGUCAUUCAAAACCAUCACUUUUAGCCUACUAUUGUACGCUGCUCUGUCGAGGUAAACUUCUAAAGUUUGACAUUGUAAUGGUGAUAAUAAUUUGAAAAUGUAAUAAGAAUUUUUGUUGGCCAAGGAAUGUGCAUUUUAAAAGGUUUGUUUCACUUUUGAAACUAACUGAAAUAUUUGAUUAAUUGGAAUGUAUCGCAAAUUAUUGCCGUGUAUAUCAAUACAAUUUUGAUAAACUGUGUAUGAUCUACAAUGUACCAGUGUCCUCUUGUGGAGGACUUUUGCAACGCAAAAUGCAGAAUCUCUAUUGACUUGAAAUUGGAUAAAAAUCCUCAAGUGCCCUUUUUGUUUAUUAAUUCACAACAUAUUUCGACUAAUUGAUGUAAUUUUCAAGUGAAAAUCAAAGUCUCCCUCGACGUGAUCAAAUUAAUUGGAUUAUAUAAGAAUCACUACCUGAAGAAAUUUCUUCAGUUUGAACCAUUAGUCCAACUUGAAUUGUCUCAACUUCAUACUUUGUUUCAACUCAAAAAUGUUUUGAAUCCAUUUUAUAAGGCUUUAAGGGAAACUCCGCCUCCUGCGUCCAAGUAUCGGCUCAGAAUUGUCCUCUGAUUGGCUGAGAAUCAAUUCAGAACAGUUCUCUGAUUGGCUGGGAAUCCUCUGUUGAUGAGAAUUAGCCAAUCACCGGAAUCCUGAGUGUCGGCCGACAAUCGGUCAGUGUGAAAACAGCCAUUAUUAUCGACAGGGAAGUUAGUAGCGCAACACAAUAUUGUUGUGUGUAAUGAAUAUAACUGUUCAAUUCAUUAAAAAAA